AUGAGCCCGCUGUCUUUGGAGACGAUGGGAUAUUACCAUGCAUAUUGCAUGAGAGGCAAUAAGGUGUCAAAGUUGGAAGCCAGUGGAAAAAUACGUGAAGGAUACGCGUGUGUUCGAGGACAUCUGCGCAAAUAUGAAUUUGAUGGAAUAUUAAGGGAUUCGGAAUUGCUUCUUCGCUUAAAACUCAGGCAACUUUAUAUAUUAUGUAUUGAACGCUUAAGCGACAAUUAG